AAAAUCGAAAGAAUAUACUUUAUAGUCAGAAAACAAGUUCCAACAUUAGACUUUAACAAUUAUUGAAUACAACAUCAAUUGUUGAUAUUCUUAUACACUGUAGUACAUAUAUUCUUGAUUUUCACAGCAGACAACGAUUUCUAUCAUCGAUCAAUUUGGAGGAGCACUCAGCUUCUUAAUGUGGUGUUCCCCUGGCUUCAUGUCACUGUCACUCUCGUAUUAUACAAAUAUAAAAUCUAUAUUCUUAAGAUUUAUCUCAAUUGUAAUAUAGAAGUCUGUCUGAAUUUUAUUCUUUGACUCGAUGUGCGAAACUCAUCCCUACAAAUUGUGCACUCAUUAAAUUACACAAAUAUGGGGGCAAUUUUUAAAAAUCGAAAAUUUAGUGUGGUAACAUUGUAAACAUUGGAAAACUAGAUGAAAAUAAAAGAGUCAAAUAAUAAAACGUCAAAAUCAGUCAUUUUAUUUUUACAAACUGUAUAUUGAAAUUUAACGUACAUAAAGAAUAUAUUUUUAAUUGAGUUAUGGAUAAUAAUAUAGGUAAUUUAGUGGACAACAAUGCUCGACUGAGCAAUGCUAGUGAUUUUGUGAUUGAUAUGCACGAGAACACAUUAUCUGAUGCCGCUCUGAAUAUAAGUUUACAAUCUGCAAAUGUUCGUCGGUCAUCAAAUCUGCAGCAAAAUUUGUUAACAUUUAUAAACGAAGCACGUUCGCAAUUAGGACGACAAAGUGCUACGCAAAGUCCAACGGUACAACAAUCACAAAUAGAAUCACAAAAUCUUUUACCAAUAACUCCUGUUGAUUCAAGCAUUUUGACAAACGAUCGAAGUUCUGGAAUGCCUACAAAUAUGGAAUCGUUGCAACCGCGUUCUUGGCGUAUGAAUUUAAAUAAUAUGUUAUCAUUUUCGUCUUCGCCAUCAACAGCAGCGAUUAGAUCUUUCAUUACACAUUCCGGUGGUUUUCGAUAUAAUUAUGCCCCACUAAGCUCAAGUGAAGGCACAGCUGGCCGACGUGAUACAUUGCAAACCUCAAAUCAGGAUAUAACCGCAUCAAAUGAUGGUGCAAGAGUUGUUUCAAGAUCUAAUAGUUACAUUCCUCCUCGUUUUGAACAGUCCGAAGCAAACGCAGAACAACGCAAUCCCAUUAGAACAGCUAAUGAAAAUGAGUCUUCAUUAUUUUCCACUGCAUUACUCGACAGAACAUCUCAACAUCGCCAACAGAUUGAAAAUGAUAAUGAAAAUGCCCAAAAUCCCCAAAAUGGGGACGAUGCAGGAAAUAAUGAUUUAUUUGGUGCUGACGAGACAAGUGCGAUGGCUGAUAUUGCAGUCAAAUUUUUAAGUCAACUUUUACGUUACCUGCCGUAUUUUGUAAUGCUUAUUUUGAAAUUCAUAUAUGACCAUUUGUGGGGAAUAUUUGAUAUAGUGUUGCUUCAUAUCAUCUUAAUGAAACUUAAUAAAUCCGUAAGGAAGCAAGUAGCCAAAUUCUCGCAAAAAGAUAUGAAGGUGCUAAUAUGGGAUUGGAGUAUUGUAGCAAUUGUUAUCUCUUACCGACUUCUCUUGGCUUGGUCAACUUCAGAUCCAUUAGGUUUACUUAUAUCGCCACCAAAGGAAAAUAUAUCAAUUGAUUUAUCAUCUGUUAAACACCAGCACUUACUUACAACAGAUAAUCCUGGAACGAAUGGAGUGAUCAAUAACUUGUUUAAUAAAUUUAGUAUCAAUUUACAACAUAUUCAAUUAAGUACAAAUACAACAAAUAACACCUUAACCAUUACAAAAGAAAUUUCUUUGGGCACCCUCUUGUACUAUGUUGCAGUAAACGAUCUCGUAUUAAAACUAAUUACUGUAUUAAUAAAAGUUACAAUUACAAUGUUGCCAACCAAUGUUAUCAGGCAUAAGUCAAGGGCCCGCUUAUUGGUCGUAGUAGAGUAUGUUUCUCAAUUUUACCGCUCCGUAGUACCUAUAAGACAGUGGAUAAUGUUCUUAAUGCUACCGUACAUUGGAUAUGAAAUGAUUAUAGGUAUGUUGUUAGCAGCAUUUUAUGUAGGAUCAAAAAUGUUUGAAAUUUUCGGGCGUGGAAAAUCGUUAAAAAAAGCUGUAGUACAUUUUGUGCGAAAUGCGGACUAUGAACAUAAACCUACUAAAGCUGAAAUUGAAAGUGCAGGUUCAAUUUGUCCUAUUUGUCAUGACAACUACAAUAAUCCCAUCGCUUUAGAAUGUGGUCAUAUAUUCUGUGAUGAUUGUGUAAACACAUGGUUUAAAAGGGAGCAAACUUGUCCCAUGUGUAGAUCAAAGCAAAGUGAGGACAAAACAUGGCAGGACGGCGCCACAAGUUUAUUCUAUCAAAUAUUCUAAAUUAAAUUUGUUUAUAUUAGUAUUAUAUUUAGUUAUAAAAUAGCUAUAUAUAUAUAUAUUUUAUAAAGAACUGAAAGGAAAGGGAUAUUCAUGUAACUUAGAAGAUAACAUUUUAAAAUUGUUGUGAUUAUGUAGCUAUAAUUUAACAUAGGAAAUUGUAAUAUAUAAAUAUAUAUAUAUAUAUGUA